UCCUGGAAGAGACAAUCGCUUUGAAAGCUGAAUCAAAACUGCGUAAUCAACAAAUCUGAAACAAAAUGCCGCAAAAAAUCAAGUCACUUUUUGUCAUCAGAGCUGCUCUGUAAGCCGAAAAACACCUGGACGUUUCCCUGAAUAUUACAGGAGUUAAAAAAGCCACUCGGAAAGCUUGCGGUUGCGGUCGACAUCGAAACGUUGGAGGCCAUUCGGUUCGAACUUUGCAUGAGUGGAGCUCUAGACUGAGGAACGGGCUGGCUCGAAUUUUGGCAAGAAUGGAUAAAGAACAGGCCAAAGCAGGCUUUACAAAGUAUUUUGGAGCAAAAACAGGAAACUUUACCAAAGAAACAACUGAAGACGAAGUAAAACGUAUCUAUGAUGAAAGAUCAAGAACGUAUGACCAGGAACAUUUAGCGGCACGUUCUGCCUAUCACAAGCCUCUUGCCGAAUGUUUGCAUAAAACCUUGAAAGAUGUUUUCCUGGAUAAACCAAACGAUCAGAUUAAAAUCAUUGACGCUGGAGCUGGAACAGGGCUGAUAGGAGUUGAGCUCAAGAAACUCGGAUACACCAACUUAUGUGCUUUGGACAUCUCAGCUGAGAUGUUAAAGGAAGCAAAGGAGAAAGAGAUCUAUAAUGAGUUUAUCUGCGCCUCUUUGAGCGAGCAGCCGAUUCCUCAGAUUGAAACCGGGCAAUUUGAUGCCUUGAUUUGUGCUGCGACACUCUUUGAAGGCCUUGUUCGUUCAUCUGCUUUUGUGGAGAUGAUCAGAAUGGUUCGUGCUGAUGGCCUCCUCUGUUUCAAUAUUUGGGAAAAGGAAUUAGGAGACUAUCAGAAAACUAUUUCGGAGCUAGAAAAAGCUGGGAAAUGGAUCUGCUCGUCCAAACAGACUAUACCAAUGUAUGCAGCCGAGGACAUGCCCAAAGAAACUUUGGCAUUCGUUUACAAAGUUUUGAGAAAUUAAGAGACAUGCAGCAUGGCAUAUAUGUUUAACAUACCUACUUAUGAAUUAUUCGUACUAACUUUUAUUUUGAUCUGUUGAUGUGAAAUCAUGAGCAUUAUAUCA